AUGAGAAGAAGAUCCCAGGCUGCUGUGAUCCCCGACUCAGAGGAUGACGCAUUUCUCAGUGGCACAACACGAGCCUCCCGCGUCAUUCAAGAUUCCGAAGAUGAUGGCGUUGCUGGUCUAGAUCUGGAUUCCUUCACUUCGUCUACGACCCAAAAUACCUCCUCAGUGGCCGUGAAUGUGGUGAUUCCUACCAAGAAAGAUGUAUCCCCAAGUGACUCGUGCGGCUCGUCGGGUAUCCGGUCCGUCGAUGGGACGACAGGCUGCACGACCCCGGCGACCAGUGUCGGGACCCCUGCAGAGUCUAGCAUUAAGCAGACUCGGGGCCGUGUGAGUGCAUCGGACCGCGCUCAAACCCUUCGCGCAAGCACCAUGACCAGAAGAGCGUCUUUAAGAAGCCAACGUGGGACAAAGAGAUCUGCCGAAGUUGCUGCGCUUUCAGAAGAUGAAGUGAGCCCGGAAGCCUCUGAUGCGGCCAUAGCUUAUGCUCUCCAGAUGGAGGAGUAUGAGCAUCCACUGCCUAAGAAACAGAAAACUGCGGCCUCAAAGCGGUCCUGGCAACAAGCACGAACCACACGGGAAAUUUUGGGUACAUCGAGCGACAGUGAAUUGUCCGAAUGGGAUCUCAUCGACCAGUCAUCGAACUCGGAACACGAUUCUGACCCAGUUUCAGACUCAGAAUACAAUGGAGAAGAGCGACAAGAGCGAGAAGAAGGGGACCAGGAUGUUGAAGACGCAAUUGAAUACGACGACGGAAUGGCUGAAGAGGAUGAGGAUGACUUACCUCUAAGUUGGGAAGAGCAGCGAAAGGCGCGCCGAAUGUUCGCCGAUCGGAAGAAGCUAGAGAGAAAGCAUCCGGUUAUUGUCACUAUGUGGGACAAACUGAAGGCGACACCUGUUAUCACCCCAAAGGCCGCUCAGCAGCCGGAAUCCAUCACUCGCAAGCUCAAACCCUUCCAGUUGGAAGGCCUGAACUGGAUGAUGCAGCAGGAAAAGACUGAGUAUCGAGGUGGCCUCCUUGGUGACGAAAUGGGCAUGGGCAAGACAAUCCAAGCCGUGUCUCUUAUCAUGUCCGAUUUCCCUCAGCCCGAGCCGACCCUGGUCAUUGUGCCACCAGUCGCUCUGAUGCAGUGGGUCUCCGAGAUCAAGGCGUACACCGAUGGCAAACUUAAGGUUUGCGUCUACCACAAUUCAGAUUCGAAGGUCAAAAAGCUCUCGCGGUCGGAUCUGCGGAAGUUCAAUGUGAUCAUGAUCUCUUACUCGAGCCUCGAAUCUAUGCACAGGAAGCAAGAGAAGGGUUGGACUCGUGGUGAUGGAACAGUGAAGGAAGAUAGUGUGAUUCACUCUAUCGAUUAUCACCGGCUUAUCCUCGACGAAGCACACAGUAUCAAGCAACGCACUACGGGUGUGGCCAAAGCUUGCUUCGCCCUGAAGGCUUCAUACAAAUGGUGCUUAUCCGGCACGCCCGUGCAAAACAGGAUCGGAGAGUUCUUCUCGCUCUUGCGCUUCUUACAAGUCAAGCCCUUUGCCUGUUACUUUUGCAAGCAAUGCCCGUGUGAACAGCUCCAGUGGUCUGCGAAUAAGCAGGGUCGUUGCACUGAAUGUGGACAUACUGGCUUCAACCACAUCUCGUUAUUCAAUAAAGAAAUUCUGAAUCCAAUCACGGAGGGAAGGACGACAACGGAACGCAAGGAGGGAUUGGCGAAGCUUCGGUUGAUUACCGACCAUAUCAUGCUUCGACGCAUGAAGGAGGAACAUACAUCCUCGAUGGAACUUCCACCGAAACGUAUCACCAUCCACAACGAGUUCUUCGGCGAGAUUGAGCAUGAUUUCUCUCGCAGUAUCAUGACCAACUCUUCACGCCAAUUCGACACCUAUGUCAGCCGAGGUGUUAUGCUCAAUAACUACGCCAACAUUUUCGGUUUGAUCAUGCAGAUGCGGCAAGUAGCCAACCACCCUGACCUUAUCCUCAAGAAACAUGUGCAACCUGGAUUCAAUAUCCUGGUCUGCCGCGUUUGUGAUGAGCCUGCUGAGGAUGCGAUUCGAUCGCGCUGUCGCCAUGAGUUCUGCCGCAAGUGUGCCAAGGACUACAUUCAGUCCUUCGACGAUGCCUCAACGGUAGAUUGCCCUCAGUGCCACAUUCCUCUCUCGAUCGAUCUGGAACAGCCUACCAUUGAACAGUCUGGGGAAUCUGUCAAGAAAAAUUCGAUCAUUAACCGCAUUUUGAUGGAUGACUGGACGUCCUCCACCAAGAUCGAAACACUCCUCUACGAACUCUACCUGCAACGCAGCAAGAGCCACACACCCAAAUCGAUCAUCUUCUCUCAGUUCACGUCGAUGCUCCAACUUGUGGAGUGGCGCCUGCGUCAUGCCGGGUUCAAUACGGUUAUGCUAGACGGUACGAUGACCCCGGCUCAGCGACAGAAGUCAAUCGAGCAUUUCAUGAAGAAUGCCGACGUGGAGGUGUUCUUAGUCUCGCUGAAAGCGGGAGGUGUGGCGCUAAAUCUGACCGAGGCAUCUCGAGUAUUUAUCGUGGAUCCAUGGUGGAACCCCGCGGCGGAAUGGCAGAGUGCGGAUCGUAGUCACCGUAUUGGCCAGCAGCGGCCAUGUGUGGUUACCCGGCUCACCAUCGAAGAUUCGGUCGAAUCCCGAAUUGUCCAGCUUCAGGAGAAAAAGGCCAAUCUCAUCAGAGGCACUAUUAACAAAGACCAGGACAAGGCGUUGGAGAAACUUACCCCCGAAGAUAUGCAGUUCUUGUUCCGAGGUUCGUAG